AUGGAGAAAACAGCUUCUAUACCACAACAGUCGGCUGUCGUUUCGACCACACCACCGACAGAUGAAUCUGCAGACGACUCAAUCGAGUUUACGAUUCGAGCACCUUUCGAUGACUUCCCAGACGGCGGACGCGACGCAUGGCUCUGCGUUUUUGGAGGCUUCUUGGCCAUGUUCUGCUGUUUUGGUCUUUUGAACUGUGCUGGUGUCUUCCUCGAAUAUUAUGUUCAAGGCCCCCUUGCUGCAGCCGGUCCUAGCAAUGCUAGUUGGAUCACCAGUAUCCAGAUCGCUAUACAAACCGGUAGUGCUAUAUUGUGGGGACGACUUUUCGACGCCUACGGGCCCCGGAGACUUAUUUUUAUUGGUUCUAUAGUCUAUUGUUUCGGCCUCAUGAUGCUAUCUCUGUCGACCCAUUACUACCAGUUCUUCCUCUCCCAGUCGAUCGUGGCCGCUGCAGCCUCCGGAGCAAUAUUCAACGCAUCCAUGUCAUCUGUCGCAACAUGGUUUUUCAAGAGACGGGCUGCUGCAUUUGGCAUUAUGAAUGCUGGCUCGUCUCUCGGCGGCGUUUGCCUGCCGAUUAUGAUGAACCAUCUCUUCCGACAAAUAGGGUUCCCGUGGACUAUUCGCGUACUUGGAUUUCUAUUCCUCGCAAUGUGCGGCGUCGCUUCCAUGACCAUUAAAUCGAGAUUGCCCCCGCGACGCACACCCUUUCUUCUGAACGACUAUAUACGGCCUUUCCAGGAUCUACCUAUGGUACUUACUAUGCUCGGCGGCUUUUUCUUUUUUUGGGGAAUGUUUCUGCCUCUUAGUUACAUCAUUCUCCAAGGCCAGAGCGCAGGCAUGUCAACUACACUUGCUGAAUAUCUACUACCAAUUCUGAAUGCCGUGAGCAUUGUCGGUCGUGUUGUAUCAGGAUUUGCAGCAGAUAGGAUUGGCCGCUAUAAUGCAAUCAUCCUUGUUGCCUUUUUAUCAGGCGCAUUCACGAUUGCUUUGUGGAUUCCUGCAAAGACCUCGGCAACGAUUAUUGCAUAUGGUGUUCUCUUUGGCUUUGCCUCGGGAGGGUUUAUCCCACUUGUCCCGUCUUGCAUUGCGCAAAUCUCAGAUAUCAAGGAAAUCGGCACGCGGACGGGAACGGCGUCAUUUCUACAAGCCUUUGGUGCACUGUCUGGAUCGCCAAUCGGUGGUGCGCUUAUUGAUCAAAUGCACGGAAGUUAUCUAGGGCUACAACUCUUUUGUGGCCUUUCCAUGCUGGUAAGCGUUUUAUUCUAUGGCGCUGCAAGAUAUGUUCAAGCGGGCUUUCGAGUAGAGCGGGUCUGA